AUGACUGUCGACUCAUCAACUAAUUACAAGUUUGGCACCAGAGCCAUCCACGUUGGCGCGCCAAUAGACCCAUCCACGGGUGCAGUCAUCGAGCCUAUUUCGUUAUCGACUACUUUCGGACAAUCUGAGCCUUCAAAGCCAUUGGGUGUCUACGAGUACUCGAGAUCUGCUAAUCCCAACAGAGACAAUUUCGAACAAGCUGUGGCGUCAUUGGAGUCUGCCAAGUACGCCAUUGCGUUGGCUUCUGGUUCAGCCACCACGGCGUUGAUCAUUCAAUCUUUGCCCGUUGGAGCUCAUAUCAUCUCCGGGGGUGAUGUCUAUGGCGGUACCCAUAGAUACUUCACCAAAGUCGCCAAUCACCACGGCGUCACUGCUGAAUUCGUGGGAAACUUGGCCGAUGACUUGGAAGCUACUUUGAAGCCUGAAACCAAGUUGGUCUGGGUUGAAACUCCAUCUAACCCAACUUUGCAAGUCACCGAUAUUGCCAAAGUCAAGCAGAUUUUGAAAAAUCACCAGGAAAAGACCGCAAAUAAGGUCAUAUUGGUGGUUGACAACACCUUCUUGUCGCCGUACGUUUCAAACCCUUUGAAUUUCGGCGCCGAUAUCGUCGUUCACUCGGUCACCAAGUACAUCAAUGGCCACUCUGACGUGGUGAUGGGUGUCUUGGCCACCAAUGAUGCUGAAUUGCACGACAGAUUGAGAUUCUUGCAAAACGCCAUUGGAUCGAUUCCAUCCCCCUUUGAUUCAUGGUUGGCUCACAGAGGCUUAAAGACUUUGCACUUGAGAUUGCGCCAGGCUUCAAGCUCGGCUCAAAAGAUUGCCGAGUUCUUGCAAAGCAAAAUCAAGGACGGCUCAAUUAUUCACGUUAACUACCCCGGUCUCCCCGACCACAAGAACCACGAUGUGGUGCAACGUCAGCACAGAGAUGGUUUGGGCGGCGGUAUGAUUUCGUUCCGCAUCAAGGGAGGCUCCAACGCUGCUUCGUUGUUCACUUCUUCGACUAAGUUGUUCACCUUGGCCGAGUCUCUCGGUGGCAUUGAGUCGUUGAUCGAAGUCCCCGCUAUCAUGACCCACGGCGGCAUUCCUAAAGCAGAAAGAGAGUCCAAUGGAGUCUACGACGACUUGGUCCGAGUCUCUGUUGGUAUCGAAGACACCGAUGACUUGAUUGAAGACAUUCAGCAAGCUUUGAAGAAGGUCCAGUCGAGUAUUUAG